CGGAGCCGCUCUGGGCAUGCUCAGUGGCCUGGCAGGUGUGGCCGCUUCGCAACUCCAGGUCGGCCCCUGCCGAGGGGCGGGUGAGAGGGAAGUGGGCGGGGGUGCGGGCACAGUCGCUGGAGUGGCCGCCGGCCGCGGGGUGCAGGCCUGGUGGGAGCGCCCGCGGGCCGGGCCGGGAUGAGCCAUGGCAUCGGUCAAGGUGGCCGUGAGAGUCCGGCCCAUGAAUCGCAGGGAAAAGGACCUGGAGGCCAAGUUUAUCAUUCAAAUGGAGAAAAGCAAGACGACAAUCACAAACUUAAAGAUACCAGAAGGAGGAACUGGGGACUCAGGCAGAGAACGGACCAAGACCUUCACCUAUGACUUCUCCUUUUAUUCUGCUGACACAAAGAGCCCAGAUUAUGUUUCACAAGAAAUGGUUUUCAAAACUCUGGGCACAGAUGUCGUGAAAUCUGCAUUUGAAGGUUAUAAUGCUUGUGUCUUUGCAUAUGGGCAAACUGGAUCUGGAAAGUCCUACACUAUGAUGGGAAAUUCUAGUGAUUCUGGUUUAAUACCUCGGAUCUGUGAAGCACUCUUCAGUCGGAUAAAUGAAACCACCAGAUGGGACGAAGCCUCUUUCAGGACUGAAGUUAGCUACUUAGAAAUUUACAACGAACGUGUGAGAGACCUACUUAGGCGGAAGUCAUCUAAAACCUUCAAUUUAAGAGUCCGUGAGCAUCCCAAAGAAGGACCUUACGUUGAGGAUUUAUCCAAGCAUUUAGUCCAGAACUACAGUGACGUGGAGGAACUUAUGGACGCAGGGAAUAUCAACCGUACCACUGCAGCGACCGGGAUGAACGACGUCAGUAGCAGAUCUCACGCCAUCUUCACUAUCAAGUUCACUCAGGCAAAAUUCGAUGCUGAAAUGCCAUGUGAAACAGUGAGCAAGAUCCACCUGGUCGAUCUUGCUGGAAGUGAGCGUGCGGAUGCCACCGGUGCCACUGGGGUCAGGCUCAAGGAAGGGGGCAAUAUAAACAAGUCCCUUGUGACUCUGGGAAAUGUCAUUUCUGCCUUAGCUGAUUUAUCUCAGGAUGCAGCCAACCCUCUUGUGAAGAAGAAGCAAGUUUUUGUGCCUUACAGGGAUUCUGUUUUGACUUGGCUGUUGAAAGAUAGCCUUGGAGGAAACUCUAAAACCAUCAUGAUUGCCACCAUUUCACCUGCUGAUGUCAAUUAUGGAGAAACCCUAAGUACCCUUCGCUAUGCAAAUAGAGCCAAAAACAUCAUCAACAAGCCUACCAUUAAUGAGGAUGCCAACGUCAAACUCAUCCGUGAGCUGCGAGCUGAAAUAGCCAGGCUGAAAACCCUGCUCGCUCAAGGGAAUCAGAUUGCUCUCCUAGAUUCGCCUACAGCCUUAAGUAUGGAGGAAAAACUUCACCAGAAUGAAGCAAGAGUUCAAGAAUUGACCAAGGAAUGGACAAACAAGUGGAAUGAAACCCAAAAUAUUUUGAAAGAGCAGACUCUGGCCCUCAGGAAGGAAGGGAUCGGUGUGGUCCUGGACUCUGAGCUGCCUCACUUGAUUGGCAUUGAUGACGACCUUCUGAGUACUGGGAUCAUCUUGUAUCACUUGAAGGAAGGUCAGACUUAUGUUGGCAGAGAAGAUGCUUCAACAGAGCAAGAUAUUGUCCUUCAUGGUCUUGACCUGGAGAGUGAGCACUGUGUCUUUGAGAAUGUUGGGGGAACGGUGACUCUGAUACCCCUGAGUGGGUCCCAGUGCUCCGUGAACGGUAUUCAGAUUGUGGAUGCCACACCGCUAAAUCAAGGUGCUGUGAUACUCUUGGGAAGAACCAACAUGUUCCGCUUUAACCAUCCAAAGGAAGCUGCCAAGCUCAGGGAGAAGAGGAAGAGUGGCCUUCUGUCCUCCUUCAGCUUGUCUAUGACCGACCUCUCCAAGUCCUGUGAGAACCUGUCUGCAGUCAUGUUGUAUAACCCUGGUCUUUUCCCUAUAAAAGGACCCAUCUGUCUAAGACUUGAAUUUGAGAGACAGCAGCGUGAAGAACUUGAAAAACUGGAAAGCAAAAGGAAACUCAUCGAAGAGAUGGAGGAAAAGCAGAAGUCGGACAAGGCAGAGCUAGAGCGAAUGCAGCAGGAGGUAGAGACCAGGCGCAAGGAAACAGAGAUCGUACAGCGGCAGAUCCGCAAGCAGGAGGAAAGCCUCAAACGCCGCAGCUUCCACAUUGAAAACAGGCUCAAGGACCUGCUGGCUGAGAAGGAAAGGUUUGAGGAAGAGAGGCUCCGGGAGCAGCAGGGGCUUGAACAGCAGAGGAGACAGGAAGAAGAGAGCUUCUCCCGCAUCAGAGAGGAGCUUCGCAGGCUCCAGGAGCUCAACAGCCGUGAGCAGGCCGAGAAGGUUCAGAUAUGCCAGGAGCUAGACCGGCUGCACAAAGAACAAGAUGCCCAGAGUGCCAAGCUGCAGCUGGAGAAAAGGAGGCUGGAGGAGCAAGAGAAGGAGCAGGUGCUGCUGGUGGCACAGCUGGAGGAGCAGCUGCGGGAGAGGCAGGAGACUGGUCCACUGCUGUGUCCUGGAGGGGUCCUGCAGGCCCAGGAGGAAAAGAGGGAACUCGAAGGCAUCCAGGAGGCCCUCUUGCAAGCCAAAGAGGCUGGAGCGCAAGGGGACCACACCUGUGGGGAUGAACUGGAAAGGGCUCAGCAGUACUUCUUAGAGUUCAAGAAAAGGCAGCUUGUCAAGCUAGCAAACCUGGAGAAGGACCUGGUCCAACAGAAAGACUGCCUAAGCAAAGAAGUCCAAGAAGAGCAGGAAGCCCUGGAGCACGUAAGAUGUGAAGUCCAGGAGGAACCUAGCUUGUCGGCAACAGAUAACAGUAGCAUCCCUUGCCGGCUUGAAGGUCUAGAGAAAAUAGAGACUGCACAGGCCAGGCUACAGAGUAAAGAGCGCCAGCUGCGGGACCUUCUGCAAAAUCGUUUGCCAGCUCUGCUGGAAGAAAAGCGGAGAGCUCUUGACGUCCUUGACAGGGGCGCCCUGGGCCUAGACAACACUCUCUACCAAGUAGAGAAAGAAAUGGAAGAAAAAGAAGAGCAGAUCACACGGUACCAGGCUAAUGCUAGCCAGCUGCAGCAGCUCCGGGCCACCUUCGAAUUCACAGCUAAUGUCGCCCGACAGGAAGAGAAGGUGAGAAGAAAGGAAAAGGAGAUUCUGGAGUCCCGGGAGAAGCAGCAGAGAGAAGCAUUGGAGCAGGCCGUGGCCAAGCUAGAGCAGAGGCACUCUGCCCUGCAGAGGCGCUCUACCCUGGACCUGGAGAUCCAGGAGCAGAGGCAGAAACUUGCCUCUCUCCACAGCAUGGAGCAGUCAGGGCUGUGGGCCAGUCUGGAGGCCAAACAAGAGGUUCUUGAGAAGGACCCUGCAAGGUCAGAUUAUGAUAACCACCAGCUGAAACAGAAGAUCUGUGAGGUGGAUGGUGUUCAAAGACCUCAUCAUGGGACCUUAGAGGGAAAGACUUCUCUCUCCAGCUUGCUACCCAGUGCUGACAACCCUCAUCUGGCUCCACUGAUGGAUGCCAGGAUCAGUGCUUACAUUGAGGAAGAAGUCCAAAGACGCCUUCAUGAUUUGCACAGGGCAAUUGGUGAUGCCAGCCAUGCACCUGCUGAUGUGAUGAAGAGUAAUGAGGAACUUCACAAUGGCACCACUCAACGUAAGCUAAAAUAUGAGAAAAGGCCGCCUUGGUCUGCACGGUGUGUUAUGCCACUUCUGCCCAAAGAUGACACUGACUCUUCCAGCAUCCUUAGAGAAGAAGAGAGUGAAGUGGAUCCGAGCGUCCACUGGAGCCAUCCUAUGUCACAGAACACCUCACUCCACACAGCUUUCUCCAUGACCUCCCAAGAGAGGAUGGUUCUGUCCUCAGGGCUUGAGGUGCUGAAGAACACUAGUGACAGACUCUGUUACCUUAGGAGCUCUGGCCACCUUGAACUAAAAUGUGUUCAUCCGCCUGAAAUCACCCUCCGUAAUGGAAGCAACACUAGAGAUGCACAGAAUUCUCAGAGGGAAUCAGAAAAUGGCAGUGAGCUGAUGACUCAUGGAGAGAAACAAAGCUGGGGAAUGGAGUCCAGCUGGACAGUGCUGCAACACAUGUCCCAGCAAGUGCCAGUAGACAGAGGAAGCCAGCAAGCGAUGCAGAGCAGGGUGCAGUGCUUUGUUCUCUCUGAAAGCAUUUCUCAAAAGGAGCAUCCCACUGGCAGCUCUCCUCAGAGCACAUCAGCCUCCCCAUUGUGUUGUGAGCAACAAAAUGAGAAAGAGGUAGAUGCUGAAAACACUCGCUUUCCAGCCUCACUAGUCAAUAUCAGGACAGAAGCAAAGAAGGGGCUGGGGUAUUUUUACCACAAGUUCUCAGACCUGUAUAAAGACACCAGUGGUCACCUGAUACAGACUGGCACGAAAGUAAUGAACCAAGUCAAGUAUGUGGGGAGUAUGUGUGACUCAGGUGGGCUGGCCUCCCAAGUGACAACCUUCAUCAGAGGCCUGCCUUUAUUGGAGCGCUUAUCCCUACACCUGCCUGUGAGGUCACUCAUGGUGCCAUCAGAGCCUCUUCCUCUUUCUGAAACUCAGAUUGGCAGCCUCAGCAGUGAAGAUGGAGGGAGCCCAAGGUCAGCCAAGGGCACAGCACCUUACACAGACUUGGCCUUCACAUCUACAGGCUCACCAGAUUCCUGGCCAAAUUCAGUUUUCUGUCUUGAUUAUGAAGAUGCUGGGAAGAUCACAGUGUUUAAGCAGACCCUUGUAUCAUUCCCAGAGCAAAUGCUGAGGCUUCAAGAGUACCCUCUCACAGACCUCCUUGAGCACAUGACCUGUUCUCUGCCAGAGCCUUUGGGCAUAGUGAAGGCAGUCAAAGGCAUUUACUGGCUCGCAGUUGCUAACUGCACCCAGCCUGACCCCCAAGCUGCAUGCUUGCUCCUGCUGCCUUCAACUCUGUAUGCUCUGGUCCUAUUAGAUAAUUGCUCAGCCUCCAUGAGCAUCUUUCAUGUUCUCCCUCUCUCUGCACUGCAGGAGAUUCAGGUCGGCUUUGGUGGGCAGAGCAUUAGACUCCUGGGCUCCACACAGGACCUCUUGCUUACUGUGCUAACUUACAACAAGAGCCUCUCUCAACAGCUCUGCCAGGACCUCCUGGGGGUGCUGAUGGCUGGGUCUGAAGCUGCUGCCCACACAAGUCACCCUUUGCUCCAGCGGGAUCUGGUUCAGCUUUCUCUUGAUUUGGAAGCAAAACUACCCACUCUAGCUUUGGCAAAUGGAGUUCAGUUGUCUUCCAAUUUCCAGACAACCUUGGUUGAUAUGGUUUACUUUCUUCAUGGAAAUAUGGAGACCAGUGUUCCUUCUCUGGCUGAAGUUCGGUUACUGCUCUAUACCACAGUCAGAUUGGAGAGUGAAGCCAGUUGCACCCCCUGCCCAUCAUUCAUCCUUCUGAACACCCACAUGGCACUCUUGAGGGAGGACCGUGUGUUUUACCCCCACACUCACUCUCUAAACAAACUUCCUCCACACGGGCGAUUUGACGUGAUCAGGUGUCAAGCUCUGAGUGAAUUCAGAUGUGUCAUUGUUCCUGAGAAGGACAAAAUGUCAACAAUAGAGCUGGUCUUUGUCAGGAAACAUAGGCUUACUUUGAACACAGGAAGUGGUCUACUUGAACAGGGUCAAUGUACCUCAAGCACCCAGAUGCUUACUGCGUUGUGUCUUCAGGAUGGGCAGAAUGAGGAACUUGAUGUCUGGAAACUCACUUUCAAUUCUCAUGAUGAGGCUCUUUGGCUGAUCUCAUACUUAAGAGGACUCUAAACUUUUAAAGAUACAGGGCAUUUUCUUUUAGACCUUUGAUAAAAUGAACAUUAUGAAAAUAGACAUGGAAAUAUGAAUAUCUCAGUGUAGUUAAUUGAAUGGGAAUGAAGCAGGACUCUAAAAUUGGAAGUAUAAAUAUUUUGAAUAAAGCAAAAUGAAAAUAGCUUAUAGCAGAGAACUGGAAAAUUAUCCUUGUUGCCACCUGCUUUAUUGUCUUGAAACUAAGACUGUAAAUUUGGAUCUACCCAAUUAUUGAUGAAGUGAUUAAAGCAUUCUGACUGCUUGGCUUAGUGUCUGUUUGUGAUGUGGUGGCUUGGGAUCUGAUGGUGCCUGCUGGCAUCCAGUGGACUAAUUUGUGCUGGCUGGAAAGGUGCCCAGUCUGGCAGUGACCUUCACUGACACCCUCCAUGCUGGCCAUGAGUAGCACAGCUGUGAGGCAGAGUGCAUCGCUGCUACCUUUAACUUCGCCAGCCCAUCCCCCACACAUAACCUUUACCAUAUUCUCUUUCUUUCUCUGAACUUUUGUGUUUUUAUCCUAGAAGGGCUCUUUGUCUUGUUGUAACGUUUUUGUGGAUUAUUUCUGCUGUCUUGUCAAAUACAUGGUUGCCCAAUGUCAUCCAAAUGACAUUCAGUACUCUGCUGUGUCUUCCAUUCUUCCUGCCCCUUGACUAGCGUCACUCAGGUCCUCUAAGACAGGUAUUUACUGGCCUGAGGUAAAUUUACAGCUAUCCAUGCUUUCUAUGUUCUUCCAUUACUUCUGUGUGGCAAUCUUAUGAACAAUCGGAAAACAUGUUUGGAGUUAAUUUAUACUGUCCAGUUACUUUGCCAUUCUCCUUUCUCUUGGAUGUAUGUCCACUAUAUCCCAAAGUCUCAGAAGCUAGUCGGGGGGGAGGAACCUCCUUUCUCCAUUUGCUCACCUUCCUCUCUUACCUGGGCCCAGGCUCAGCACACUGGGCAGUUGAGUGAGUCCCUCAUUUCAUUAAACCACUCAUUUUAGCUUUGGCCUUGAAGGGCCCUUCUGUUCUGGUCACAUUUUUGGCUAAUGUGAAAUAUAAAUGUGGGCCCUUUAUUUCUGCUACUAACUGAUGAUAGGGAUGAGUCAAAACCUAACCCACCCGGAAACUUACCAACUGCUUUUCUUCAGACUUGCCAGCAGAGAGUGACAGGCUAUUGAAGCGUUUCUACAUUUCCAUCUGUUUUGCUCUGUGUAGACUCUGGGGAAGUGAACAGGAAAACACAGAACUGCAGAAUGUGUUGUGACCUAGCAACCUUGUUUUCUGUGGACCAAUGGCAGGCUUUUUGUUUUCCAGGCAAUUGAUUUCUCUUAUUUGGGGAUGGAGUGUGCUUUUGUCGCUUCCAAAACACCCCUCCCCUGAUAGACUCAUACCUCAUUGCCUUACACCCAAAGGCUUUUAACUAUAUAGAGAACAUUGGGAAAAUUGCUACCACUGAUUGCUCCUGACUUUAGCUAGGUCACCAUCUAUCUUGGGGGGAAAAAAAACCUGAAAUGUACCAUUAUAACCAUCUAAUAGCUCAUCAAUACCAUUUCUCCUAAUUCUCAUUUUUCAGAUAAUAUAAUUUACAUUACUUUUUCUUAAAUAGUCCCACCACUCUUUUGACAUAUAUCUUGGGGAAAAAAAGAAAAAACAGAAUUAACAGUCAUGUAGAACUGAGAGUAAAAUUAAAGGUUCCAGCACAGGGAUGGGAUGGUCAGGAAUAAGCAGCAAUACAAAAACGAUCUGUCAUUUUAACAGAGACUGUCCACCUCAAAUAGACAGACUUCCAUUAUUCUACCAUGCUACAAAUAAUGACCUUUAGGGUUUUUUGUUAUGUGGAGCAUAAAAUAAAUAUAAGCAUUAUGUAAAAUCAUGGUAUUUGUCCCCACAUUCUGAGUUGCUGUAUGGUUCAAAGAGGUCAAAAUGUAACGUUGUUCUGUUCAGAUCUCACCACAUAAUGGACUCAUCUCCAGAGUCUUCUUGUACCUGUGCUUGUCACAUCUCUCACUUAGUUAUGUUUUGUACCUUGACAUAAAAUAUGGUUCAUGGGAGUGAGAGUUUGAUUGAUAUGCUCUAUACAGUAGGAAUCAACAUUAUUGUAAUAUUCCAGGAGCCUGUAGACUUGCUCCAUUGUCCACUAUGGCUUCUUUUUUCAAUAGUUCCCACCCUCUGACACCCCCUCCUGCAUUAGAACAGGUAUAAGUCUAUAAAAUGUAUGCAGCCAAUGUAACAGCUCAGUUGUAGGCACUUUCAAGGUCAAGAAAAAGGGUUUAUGUACUUGGUUCUCUGGCAUUUUGAAUUGUUGGAAUAGAAGCAUAAACACUUGCAUUGUGGAACUCACUGAUAUAUUCUAGACAAUACCUCUUUGAGAACUUAAAAAGGUAAUUUCAUCUGAAUUUGAUUAAAAUGCAUCUUGCUCACAACUGCCUGUUUGAG